AUGUCUAACUCUAUUAAUGAUACUAAUUUUGAUCCAUUAUCCACAAACAAGCGUAAUUCAACAACUCCUCAAUCGGCAGAUAUUUACGCUCAAGUAAAUAAAGAUAAACGAAAUGCUGCAGAUUUAUUAAGACCUACGGAAGCUGAUAAAUUAAAAACAAGUGCAAAUCAGAACAGAAAUCAAUUUGAUAAUAGCACUAAAACAUCAGCGACUAUAUUAUCAUCAGAAGGACGUUCAGCCGAUUCUCAAUUGCAUGAGAGAAUACCGCAAUCGUCGCCACCAAGAGGAGAUUUGAAAAACGGUGCCGAGCACACAGAAAAUAAUCACGAACAAUGGGAUGAACAAUAUCCAGAAGAUUAUUACGGUGCCUAUAAUAGCGUUGGACCACCUCCUCCGUACAUUGAGGAACCGAAGAAAAAAGGCAUUAGUGCUAAACUCGAUCGUGUGAUACAACGACUUCCUUUAUUAAGCAUCUUUUACAAACCACUUCCUCCAACCACGUAUUCUUGUAAAAAAGAUCAAUAUGACUAUUCAUCAGACGCUCCUUCCGAUGCCUAUGUCCCUAGGGAAGAUGGUGACGAUGAAGCACCACAAUUGGUUGAUGCUGAACAGCCGAGAGAUUUAACUAAGGACGAAGUGAUGUUGAUUGAACGUUAUUCAAAUAAAUCAGGAAUUAAAGUGAUUGAAUUGCAAGCAAAACCUGAAACACAACCCGUCGAUGUUUGUGUUCAAAAAGAACUGAAUUACAUUCAUGUUUGUGAUGUUGGUCGAAGUGUUGUUGAAAUUUUUGAUUCAAAUGGCACACUGAAUCAUGUUAUUGAUGAUGCACAUAUGACAGCAUUUUGUCCUACAUCGGUGUCUGUGGGGCAAGACGGUACAAUCAUUGUUGGAAGUCAUUUUAUGCAUCGUUUACAAAUGUACGCACCCUGUCAACCAGAAGCGUCAGAAACAGACGAUCCGGCUAAAGAUCAAGGAUUCUUUUAUCAACAGUUCAAACUGGGUCAACAAGGUCAUGAUCCACAUCAGUUUUAUUAUCCGGCUGGUAUUCGUUGUGAUGAUACCGAUAGUCUAUUGUAUGUAUGUGAUCGUGGUAAUUCACGGAUACAAAUCAUUGCUCCUGGUGGUUAUUGCGAACGAAUAAUACAAUUGAUGUCUACCGAUGGUCAACCAUUAGUACCCAUUCAAUUAGCAUUUCGUAAACAUAAAAAGUCGCAAACAGCUGUUUGCAUUGUGGGCAAUGGUGAUUGCAUUUGUUUUGUACCAAAAUAUUCAGAGGGUGUUGUGACAGUUGAACCAUUGUACGUUGUUGACGAAGAAGGUUUAGGAUUGAAAGGUGCAUCCAGCUUAUGUUUAGAUCAAAAUAAUUAUAUUUUCAUAUCGGAUACGGGUAACAAUCGUAUCGUUAUGUGCUCACCAUUUGGUAGUUAUAUAUCACAUUUUGGUAUUAAUGGCGCAGAAAUAGGUCAAUUAAAUCAUCCAUGUGGAAUCAGUUCAAUGGAAAAUGGUACUUUAGUAGUGGCUGAUAGUGGAAACAAACGAGUGCAAUUAUUUGGUCUGAUAAAUGAUACCGAUGCCGGACCAAAAAUCUCUUCACCAACGUCUCCCAUAGAGAAACAAGAGAAUUUGUUGGUUGACACAGAACAAGAACGACUAUAA